AUGGAGCCCGGGUCGGGCGGCCGAGGCGCCGCGCGCGGACAGCGGCCCUCGGGCGCCGCGCAGCCCCGCGAGCAGGAGCGGAAGCUCGAGCAGGAGAAGCUGUCCGGGGUGGUGAAGAGCGUCCACCGGCGGCUCCGCAAGAAGUACCGCGAAGUGGGAGACUUUGAUAAGAUCUGGAGAGAACACUGUGAAGACGCUGAAACACUUUGUGAAUAUGCUGUUGCAAUGAAAAAUUUGGCAGAUAAUCACUGGGCAAAAACUUGUGAGGGUGAAGGUCGCAUUGAAUGGUGUUGUAGUAUAUGCAGAGAGUAUUUCCAGAAUGGUGGGAAGAGAAAAGCACUUGAGAAAGAUGAAAAAAGAGCUGUACUCGCCACUAAGACCACUCCAGCCUUAAACGUGCACGAGUCAUCAAAACUUGAAGGUCGUUUAACAAACCUCAGCUUUACAAGCCCUGAAUUUAUUACUGAGUUGCUUCAAGCCUCUGAAAAGAUCAGAUUGCUUGAUGUUGGCAGCUGCUUUAAUCCGUUUCUGAAGUUUGAAGAAUUUCUAACCGUUGGCAUAGAUAUUGUACCUGCUGUAGAGAGUGUGUACAAGUGUGACUUCCUGAACCUGCAGCUUCAGCAGCCACUCCAGCUUGCACAAGACGCUAUAGAUGCUUUUCUGAAGCAGCUGAAAAAUCCUAUUGAUUCUCUUCCUGGAGAACUUUUCCAUGUGGUUGUUUUCUCUCUCCUCCUGUCCUAUUUUCCGUCACCCUACCAGCGAUGGAUUUGCUGCAAGAAAGCCCAUGAGCUGUUAGUGCUGAAUGGCUUAUUGCUCAUCAUCACCCCCGAUUCCUCCCAUCAGAACCGGCAUGCUAUGAUGAUGAAGAGCUGGAAGAUUGCUAUAGAAUCCCUGGGCUUUAAGCGCUUCAAGUAUUCAAAAUUUUCUCAUAUGCAUCUCAUGGCUUUUAGGAAAACCUCCCUUAAAACAACCAGUGACUUGGUUAGUAGGAACUAUCCAGGGAUGUUAUAUAUUCCUCAAGAUUUCAACAGUGUAGAAGAUGAGGAGUAUUCUAAUCCUUCUUGCUAUGUUCGAUCAGAUGUAGAAGACGAACAGCUAGCAUACGGUUUCACAGAGCUCCCUGAUGCUCCUUAUGACUCAGAUUCUGGGGAAAGUCAAGCCAGCUCUAUUCCAUUCUAUGAGCUAGAGGAUCCCAUCUUACUUUUAAGUUAAUGUAAAGGCGAAAAGCCCUUCUAGUCCAGACUCCUAAACUAACUGCUUACACUAAUCAGAAUACUAACAUGAACUCAGUAUUUAAAGCCUGGUUUGCAGAGAAGAAAUGCAAACGUUUACAGAGUUUGCUAUUUUUUUCUACUUCUGGAUUUCAAAAUUUAUUCUUAUAUAGGAAGCUUAAAGUUUCAUGCAGAGUGACUUUGUCUUAGCAGAAACCACUGUUCCUUUAGCAUUUUGCAUUAAGAUUUUAAAAGGUACCUCUUUUCUCUAUAGUGCUGUUGUGAAGUCUAAUGUACUGUGCAUUUUCCUUUUUAGUCCAGUGUUGACUUUAUACCAUUGUCCUGAGGAACCUUAAGAUGUGUAGAAAGCUGUAGAUUGCACUUUGAUGACUCACAAGUUAAAUAUUUCACACAUAGGCUGGUUUAGUUGUUCAUGGUACACUUUUCUUUUAAAUUGUUACCUAUUACAGAAAACAUUUUCUACUCAGUUUCAUCUACUGAUACAGUAUUUCUGAACUUUUUGAAAUUGGUGACAACUCUUAAUAUUAAGCUCAUUUGGAAACAUUAGACAUUGGAAGAGACAUUUCCCGAAGUAUGUUCUAAUUUCAUUAACACAGCACAGCAAACACCAUUGCCAAAGUAAUAUUUCCAUGACUUUCUUACUGAUUUAGGCUUUGGUGUUCAGUCUGUUUUACCUGUGAAAGUUCAUUUUUAUUUUUUAAAACUUAGAGUGCAUUUAUAAAAUUUUCUGUUUAAGCAAGGAGCAAUGUCUAAUACUCAAUACUGACUGAGACCACCUUUGUGAAAGGGUUUGCACUUAGAAGAGUAUAUUCUAUUGAGACCAGCUCUGACAGGGUCCUUACCUGUCCAUUAAGGCACUGCUGCACUACAAGUUUGGAAUUACAUGAACGUUUUUGAAAUUAACCCUCUACUGAUAAUCUCGUAGAAUGGUCUUGACCUUUUAAUAUCCUAAUUUCUUUCUAAGCCCUAGCAGAUAAUUUUCUGUGACUAUAUAAACAAUUAGUUGGCUGUGGGAAAUUUCCCUUUCCACAUUGAUAAAUGCCUUUCUGUGUUUCUGAAUCAGAAGCAAGUGAUUAACGAGAAAUAUAUGUCCAAACAAGACAAGUUUAAACAGUUAAAAACAUAUAGUCCACAUUGUCUUGUCAGCCAGCAAUUGUCAUGUAAACUAUCAUUUUUAAGAGUGCCACUGUGUGGAUUUUUUUCAAGUGGUUAUUACAUUAAAAUUACCUCAUACUGAGGUUUUUGCACUGAAAUAUAACAGUUUCAGAUUUCAUGGUUAAUGGUGUGUGUGUGUGUGUGUGUGUGUGUGUG